AUUGACGAGCAGUUUUUGGUGUGCGGCGUCUGUCUGGACCACUACAGCAACCCCAAGGUCCUGCCCUGUUUGCACACCUUCUGCGAAAGCUGCCUGCAGAACUACAUCCCGCCCGAGUCUCUGACGCUGUCGUGUCCGGUGUGCCGGCAGACGUCCAUCCUGCCGGAGAAAGGCGUCGGCGCUCUGCAGAACAACUUCUUCAUCACCGACCUUAUGGAGGUCCUCCAACGGGAGCCCGAGUGUUCGCCGUCCGACGCCCUCCGGUCGGCGAAAGCGCUCAGCUGCCCCAACCACGAGGGCAAGGUGAGUCGCCGCGCGUCGACGGACCCGAGUCCGCCGGCCCGAUCGACUCGACGUCGCCCCUCACAGGUGAUGGAGUUCUACUGCGAGUCGUGCGAGACGGCCAUGUGUCUAGAGUGCACGGAAGGCGAGCACGGCGAACACGUCACCGUCCCGCUGCGCGACGUGGCGGAGCGGCACAAGGCGGCGCUCCAGACACAGUUGGACGACAUCCGCGGCAGGUUGCCGCGCCUGACGGCGGCCGCCGAUCUGGUGGCCGAGAUCUCCCGGCAGCUGAACGAGCGCAAGGACCGUGCGGCGGCGGAGAUCGACGCCGCCUUCCGGGAGUUGGAACGGGCCCUGGAGCGGCGCAAAACGGCGCUGCUGGCCGACCUGGAGAGCGUCUGGGGCGCCAAGCAGAAGGUUCUGGAGGCCCAGCUGAACGCCCUCCUCCGAGGCCGCGAGCACAUCCGCGGCAGCUGCGGCUUCGCCGAGCGGGCGCUUCUUCACGGCGGCGCUGCCGAGGUUCUUUUGGUGCGGAAGCAAAUGAGCGAGCGUGCGGCGGCGCUGGCCAGACACGACUUCCCGGAGAAACCGCACCAGAACGCGCACCUGGACUGCCAGGUGGAGACGGAAGGGCUGCGUCGGUCCAUCCAGAAUCUGGGCGUUCUGCUCACCACGGCGGCGGUGGCGCACACUUCGGCGGCCACGGGCGAAGGUUUGCGGCUGGCCGCCACCGGCCAGCGCCGCACCGUCACCGUCACCACCAAAGACAAGGAUGGCGAACUGGUGAGGACGGGCAAUGCGCUUUUAGAAGCGGAGAUGACGUCGGCGGGGGGCGGGGAAGACGGCGGGCGGGCGGUCCCGGCUGAGGUGACGGACAACAAGAAUGGCACGUACGAGGUGGCCUACACGCUGCGCGGCGAAGGCGAGUACGCCUUGGCGCUCAGCCUCUACGGGCAGCCGCUGCGAGGGAGCCCCUUUCGCCUGCGCGCCGUCAAACCCCGCGACGUGCCGCCCUCGCCCGACGAGGACGUCAAGCGCCGCGUCAAGUCGCCCGCCGGCGGACACGUGCGCCAGAAGGCUGUCCGCCGACCCCCCGGCACGUACGCCGCCAAGAAGAAGGAGAACCCCGUCGAGGACGAACUCAUCUACAGAGUCGGAUCCCGUGGCCGAGAGCGCGGCGAGUUCACCAACCUUCAGGGAAUCUCGGCGUCGGGCGGCGGGCGGCUGGUGGUGGCCGACAGCAACAAUCAGUGCAUCCAGGUCUUCUCCAACGACGGGCAGUUCAAGAUGCGCUUCGGCGUCCGCGGCCGCUCGCCGGGUCAGCUGCAGCGGCCCACCGGCGUCGGCGUGGACCCGAACGGCGACAUCGUGGUGGCCGAUUACGACAACCGCUGGGUCAGCAUCUUCUCCUCCGACGGAAAGUUCAAGAACAAGAUCGGAUCGGGCCGCCUGAUGGGUCCCAAGGGCGUGGCCGUGGACAAGAACGGCCACAUCAUCGCCGUGGACAACAAGGCGUGCUGCGUCUUCAUCUUCCAGGCCAACGGGAAGCUGGUCACCAAGUUCGGAGGACGCGGCGUCGCCGACAGGCACUUUGCAGGUCCGCACUUCGUGGCCGUCAACAACAAGAACGACAUCAUCGUCACCGACUUCCACAACCACUCCGUCAAGGUGUACAACGCCGACGGCGAGUUCCUCUUCAAAUUCGGCUCUCACGGCGAAGGCAACGGACAAUUUAACGCGCCCACCGGCGUCGCCGUCGACGCCAACGGCAACAUCAUCGUCGCAGACUGGGGGAACAGCAGGAUACAGGUUUUCGACGGCACGGGCUCUUUCCUGUCGUACAUCAACACGUCGGGCGACCCGCUGUACGGCCCGCAAGGUCUGGCCCUCACCUCGGACGGACACGUGGCCGUGGCCGACUCGGGCAACCACUGCUUCAAGGUCUACCGCUACCUGCAGUAG